AUGGGCCCUGCACAUCGGUUCUUGAUCGUUAAGAGAAAAGAAGGGGAUUUCAAUAAUACGAACCCCUUUCUAAUACAAAAGUUUAUUUAUGGAAAAGUUGGAGAGUUAGAAAACCUAAAGAAAAUUAAAGAUGGAUUACUGAUAGAAACAAAGUCUGCAGCACAGUCAAAAGUAUUAUUAGCUAUGAAAAAAUUUUUAGAAUAUGAUAUAGAAGUAUUACCACAUAAUAGAUUAAACUAUGCUAAAGGUGUUAUAAACUGUCGGGAUCUUCUGAACUGUACGGAACAGGAAAUUCUAGAUGAAGUUAAAGAUCAAGGAAUUAUUGAGAUUAGAAGAAUUAAGAUGGAACAAGAUGGAGUACUAGUUGAUACGCCUAACCACAUUAUAACAUUUAACUCGACGAAUCUACCAAAGGAAGUUAGAGUAGCUUUUUACCAAUUAAAAGUGCGCCCGUAUAUUCCAACCCCCUUUCGUUGUUUUCGCUGUCAAAGAUUUGGCCACACGGCUAUAAGGUGUACUAAGGAUCAAGUGUGUGUUUGUGGGAAACCAAUUCAUACUGGCAAUCCAUGCUCGCCUCCUGUGAGUUGUAUUUACUGCCAAGGUCCACAUCCUGCUAUAUCUAAGAACUGCCCUAUAUUUAAACAAGAGGUCGCUAUACAGGAAAUAAAAACCAAAGAAAAUCUGUCAUAUUUUGAGGCAAAGAAAAAAGUAGUCAUAAAUACGCCAAAUCCAAAUUUUUCAUAUUCUAACGCCAGUGCUUCGUCAUCAAUACCCGUUCCCCAAUCCUUUAAAUCUCAGGACCUUUUAAAAGAUUUAAUUCCGCUUCUUAUUAACGCUCUCAAAAAUAAUUUUACUAUUGUCCCUAUUUCACCUUCUAGUAUUCCUCUUUCCUCUGACUUGUCAAAAAUGCCUCCACCAAUGGAAAUCUCCCAAGAGUCAAAUCUAUCUCAAAUGUCCAAGCGUGGCAGAACAGAUAGUUCUGAUUUAGAUUCCACCUUUAGUGAAACAUCAUACAAGUCCCAAACUAAAACCAAGAAGAAGAAGAAGAAGAAAAAGGGCUGGCCCAAGGGCGUGCAUAGGAAAGAAAGUCUAGAAUCCGACAUAGGAAAUGAGAUACUAAAGCACCUACCUUUAGGAGGUAGUGAGUCACAGUAA